GUAGUUUUAGCCCAAUACGUGAGAUGUAGUCCUUGAUGUUUACUCUGGUAAUUUGCACGAGCAAGAAUCUGGUUGUAGUUGCACUCGCUUCAUCGCCUUCGAGAAAACCCGAACGGGUAGCCAGCGACGUGGAGCUCUAGCCAUAUUGCAGCUUCUAUCAUCGCUAUUAAAAGAUGAUGGAGGUGGACCGCGAGGCAGGCGACAGCGCGCUCGUGCAAACAGUGUUGCAGCGGCCACUGUGGUGGCUAUGUUCAUUUCAGCGGCUAGGACCACACUGUGGCUGUCGUUGCAUUUCUUGGCGGGGGGUACAACUACCUCUACCUCGUCAUCAUCUGCGCUAGCAGAGGAAAUGGGGCGCGGAGCACGCGGCGCCGAAAUGAGCCUGGGGAGAGAAGUAGGGGGAGAGGGCGGCGGUUGGAGCGCGACUCACGUCCCUGCUGAUGCAGAGGUACAGACCGAGGAUGCCACGACGGAUGAGCAGCCGGACGAGGAUUCGGCUUCGGACCCAGCAACGGGGAGCACUACUAUGCUGUACAUCACCGGAGACAAAAACAAUCCCAAUCCGGCUGGUGCGGAUGAUGCGGGGACCACGAGCACAAGUGGAACAAGCACCCCGCAAAAACAUGAUGCAGAAGGCCAAAUCGAUAUCGAGGACGCAGCGUCGAAUCCGACCCCAGACAGCAGCACCGACACCUCCGGCAUUGACCAAGCGGUGGUGAGCAUGUUGAACACUAAAGCGCCGGACGAUGGUGCUGCGACGUCGACAGCCAAUCAACGACCCCGGAUCAUGACGAUCCCCGCUACAAGUAGUACCGCGGAAGCGCAGAUGGCCAACAAGAACUAACAUGAACGAGCAAAGCGAAAGCGCCGGCGGCGCCGAGGAGUUGUCGAGCUCGGAUGCUGUUGGUGCGGAGGAGGAGGAGGACGCAGCUGUGGACAUCAUGUCUGAACCACCAGCUGCCGCAGAACUAGAUGUGGACGAGGGGAUGAACGAUGCCGAGCUGCGGGAGGACGCGGCGGCAGCGGCAUAUGCAUUGCAAAUACUGUGUCUGGGUCCUCUGAAAAGAAUGGGACUUGUGAUGCUAACUGUCAAUCAUAAGAACUCCAAAACCUGCAUUGCAUGAGCAACACCAGCCGCUCAGAAUGUUAGUUUCGACCGGUUGAAGGGGGUAUUUACUCACAUGCAGGAUUUGGAUGAGGAACGACCCUUCAUCGCAAUAAAAGCUGUGAUGCUAGAGCGUGGAGGAUCACGGGCAUCUUCGUGGGUCCGAUUUGCAUACACAACUCUCCCGAUCAUGUUCCAAACCAAGAUCACAUAUUUGCAUUCGAUGCGGCAGAAGAUGCGGCCACGAUGCUUGAGAAGGGCGAGUGCGAAUCGGGGUUGCUGCCAACUUCUACCUCAAGUGGCGACACCACGACCGGGGAAGUUGCCUGCUCUUGUGACUGCUCGACUUGGAACUCCAAACGGGAUCAGGUGUUCAAGCAAAAAACAGAGUACAGCACCCUUCAUCCACACGAACUGCAGUACCACGUGCAGCCGCUAGAUUUGAAAAAGACACCUAUUGACGAUAAAGAAGGUCGUGGCGACGGGAAAAUACACAACGCGCAGGAUGCAAAUGUGAUGACACUACAUGCUACACAAUUGAUGACGAGCAUCAGCUUCACGGAGAGCAAUCCCUUUCCGGGGAAAGUUCAUUUGAAACCAUUCCCAGUGCGCCAAUAUGACAGUGUCAAUCAGAAGGAUAGACUCCGCUGCCGCGGUCGUCCUCAUACGACACGGAAAAUGACGCUAAACGACGCGUGGAAAUGCACAUGUAGGCAUCACAUCAGGAUUUCUUCUGCCGGUGCCCAAAGUAGUGCUGGAAAAAACGCGGCGCACCACUCUCUAGGACACGACGUCGCAGCUAAACCAGCUGCAACAAUGGCAGAAACGUGGGCGGCAGCAAUGGAAAAUCACGCAAAUGACCUUCUCAGGUUUGCACAAGAACAUGUUGCGCGGCAUCAGAAACGGGAUAGUUCUUUCCAUUAUGACGAGAAAACAUCAUCGUUCGACAUGGACAUCUUCAGCGAGAAGGACAGUAUUCCUUAUUUCGUCACGUCUGCAACUACAAAUAACAAAGACGUACAAAUGAACCACCACAACCACUUCUUCGAAGAAAUCGGCAACGAGAAAGUGACGAUCCAAGCAGGCACCGGGCCGAAUCAUUUAUUCAUCGAUAAACCCGGGAAGGAUAUUCAUCAAACCUCCGCAGAGACCCAUAUAUCCACAGAAGCAAGAACCCGCCCCCAUCCAUUUUUUUGCAUGACAAACACUUGGCUGCGCGCAUGUUUUGACUCGUCACAAAUUGGAUGGGGAUGGGUCUUUUUUUGUCGAUAGUACCCCCACGGUUCACACAAGUUUGAAUUUUCUAAAUUCAGUUGCACGCUCGUCAUCCACGUCCAAAAGACGUUGUCCCACCAUCCGCAUCCGAAAACUUGUGAACUAUGCGGCAUGGGCAGGCACAUCCACCCCAACCACAAGAAAGACCACAACCAGGACUCUGCCAGUGCAGUGCAGCAGCUGCGUGAGCAUCAAGUCAAUCACAGGCACAUCGAGUUGCCCCUGUAUUCCUCCCAGUGCUGCCUUACAGUGCCCCUGCAGGACGACGAGGGCAAAGUGACAGUUUGCAUUGCAAAUAUGUCUGGGUCUGGAACACUGCAACUUGUCACGCUACCUCUGGAUGGUGCAAAAAUCUGUGUUGCAUGAUUACCAAAUAAAGUCGAGGGUCAGUUUUUCAUGCAGGAGAGGCAUGAUAGAGAUGGAGACUCCGCCCAUUGCCAUUCUGUCAUGCUAGGUUAUGUAUGUCAGAGCUGAUGGCUCAUGGAAAACCUCCAUGACAAGUCUUCUGAUCUUCCAGACCUACCCUAGUGGCGCAACCCAACCAACACAUGACAAGUCUUGUAGCGCUACCCAACCAACAAACCAUGUCCUGCGAUCUUCCCGACUCAGACAUAUUUGCAUUUGAUAGACUGGCUACCAAUGCCAUUUCGCCUUCGGCGAAGAAGACUUGGCGUGCCGUUUGUCAACGCAAACAGCAAGGUCGUGCAGAGCGUCCACAAGCACACGGAACAGGACGACGAGCCUAAAGGUCAUAACAAGCCGGACAAGGAGCGUCAUAACGAUAAAAAGCACCCGCACACAACUAGUCGUGGUAAAAGCCCUAAGGCUCGUGCGAGGGCGAGACGAGAACGAGGUCACCAAUGACCUAGUCACAUGACGAAUGUGGAGGGCAUCAAUAACCGCAAAGGACGCGAGCGAAAGCCUGCAGACGCGGCCUUCUAUCUCGACGGUGUAGGAGGUGGGGUCGUCGUCGUGAUCUUCGUUUUUACUACCGAUGUAGAUCAUGGAAGGAAGAUCGGGAGGCUGAUGCAAAGCUAAAGUUAGACAACACCGAGAAUGGAGAACCAAAAAGCAUGCUUUUUCACUUUGUCGGCUGCGCGACACCUGACACACGAGAACAAGCAAACAAAAAUCAAGAUAAUACCUACGCAGGAAUCACUCCUCGUUGGCCCGGUUAUUUAC